AUGGCUAACAAUUACAUUUUUAUUGUAUUAUUGGUUUUCAUAUCAACACAGUGGAGUCUGUCUGUUCCAGAGGAAGAGCUGCAUGCCAGUUACUGGAACAACAAAGCCAAACAGGCUCUGCACACGGCCCUCAAUGUUCAACCUAAUAUCCAUCAAGCCAAGAACAUAAUCCUCUUCUUGGGUGACGGUAUGGGUGUAACCACAGUGACUGCUGCCCGGAUACUUAAAGGCCAACUUGCAGAUAAGCUGGGAGAGGAAACCAGUCUGGUGAUGGAUACCUUCCCUCAUGUGGCAUUGUCUAAGACAUAUAAUGUCGACCAACAGAUGCCAGACAGUGCUGCAACGGGGACGGCAUACUUAUGUGGCGUAAAGGCCAACUAUGGCACACUCGGUGUCACUGCAGCUACCACAAGGUCUAACUGUAGCUCCUCCAUUGGUAAUGAAGUCACAUCUGUUCUCUACCGUGCCAAAAAAGCAGGGAAAUCUGUUGGAAUUGUCACCACGACCCGAGUCCAGCAUGCCUCGCCUGCUGCGUCCUACGCUCACACCGCUAACAGAGCUUGGUACUCCGAUGCUGACCUCAGUCCUGAGGCUAUCCAAAAUGGCUGCCAUGAUGUUGCUUACCAGCUGGUCCACAACGUAGAGAUAAAUGUCAUUCUCGGUGGAGGUCGUCAGUACAUGUUUCCCAGGACCAUAAUAGAUGAAGAGUAUCCAUCCAUAACAGGAGACCGCAAGGAUGGAGUGAAUCUUGUUGCAGAGUGGCUGAAGAACAAAAAGAAUGCAAAAUAUGUUUGGAACAAAUCUCAGUUUGAUUCAGUUAAUCCAAGGAACACAGACUUCCUGAUAGGUCUGUUCGAGCCCAGAGACUGUCUCUAUGAGCUGAACCGGAAUCCAAAGAUGGAUCCAUCCCUCACUGAGAUGGUGGUGAAAGCAAUCAAGAUUCUCCGCAGGAACCCCAAGGGAUUUUUCCUCUUUGUGGAAGGGGGAAGAAUUGACCAUGGUCACCAUGCUGGAAAAGCCAAAAUGGCUCUCUAUGAGGCCAUUGAGUUUGAUCAGGCAAUUGGACAGGCAGCUGAACUCACAAGUGAGCUGGACACCCUGUCUGUGGUCACUGCUGAUCACUCCCACGUCUUUGCUUUUGGAGGGCAUUCCGCAAGAGGAAACUCAGUUUUAGGAGUGUCUCACACAGUGGCUGAGGAUAACAAACGCUUUACCACUGCUGUGUAUGGAAAUGGACCGGGAUACCAAAUUGUCAAUGGCACUCGCCCAGAUGUCAAUGCAUCAAUUUCUUCGCAUAACGACUACCGCCAGCAGGCAUCUGUACCCCUUGAUUCGGAGACCCACGGCAUUGAGGAUGUAGCCAUCUAUGCCAAAGGACCCAUGUCGCACCUCUUCCAUGGAGUUCAGGAGCAGAACUAUAUCGCUCACGUCUUGGCAUAUGCUGGGUGUCUGGAACCCUACGACACAUGCACACUCACCCCACAGAGUCAUGCUGGAUCCAUCCACCCCAGCCUGCUCCUCCUCCUCAUGGGCCUACUGCUUACCCUUCUCUCCUUGUCUGCUCUAUGAAUCUAAGAUGACAGACUGCUGAGAAAAUUAUUCGGCUUGACAUCAGAAUAACUGACAU